CUUCAAGGCUUCAACUCCAAAAACUUCUCCUUUCUCCAACAUUGUUCCAGCCUUCAAGUGUGACGUUAAAGAUAUGCAGCUACUUAUACCAAAAUUGAGCAAAGGGCUUUCGCACAAAGAAAGAGCUAUGGUAGUGGUUACCAUGGAGCCAUGAAUUCUGUUCCAGAGGCAUCAUAAAAUCCAAACUCGCCCACAAACAUAUCAAGUGUUCGCUGUAGGAGCAUAGGAAAUGCAAUGCAAAGACAUGAUCAAAGUCCCAGUUCCGCCUGAUGUCAAAGAAGUCUUGGACACGUUCAAAGUAGCAGCUGAAUUAGGAAGCGAUUCACUUGGAGCUUAUGUUAUUUCCAUGGCUUCAAAUGCCAGUGACGUCCUAGCUGUAGAGCUUUUACAGAAGGAUGCAGGCCUUGCUGUUGCUGGGGAACUAGGCAGGCCUUGUCCUGGUGGAACAUGUGGUUCCUCUGUUUGAGACCGUCAAAGACUUGAGAGAAGCUGGCUCAGUGAUUAGAAGAUUACUAUCAAUUGAUUGGUAUAGGGACCACGUCAUAAAGAACCACAAUGGGCAUCAGGAGGUUAUGGUUGGUUAUUCUGAUUCUG